GAUUGCACACACUUCUACCAUCUCCAGCAAGCCGCACGUGUUUACGUUCGGUGGGAAUUAUUUCUUGGUUUUAGCUUCGAAAAAGUUUGAUUUUUAACAGAAACAGAAAUGCCGCGCUCCAAACGUGAUAAGAAAGUUUCCCUGACCAAAACCGACCGCAAGGGUCUGGCAUGGAAACAGCGAAUUGUGGACGACAUUCGCUUUUGUGUGGGCAAAUACCCCAAUAUAUUCGUUUUCCAAGUACAGAAUAUGAGGAACAGCUUGCUCAAGGAUCUGCGACAGGAGUGGAAAAAGAAUUCACGUUUUAUCUUCGGCAAGAACCGCGUGAUGCAGAUUGGUUUGGGUCGCACUAAAAGCGAGGAAGUGGAGUCUGAUUUGCACAAGCUCUCCAAGCGCUUGACCGGCCAGGUGGGUCUGCUCUUCACGGACAAAUCCAAGCAGGAAGUGCUCGAUUGGGCCGAAAACUACUGGGCCGUGGAGUAUGCCCGCAGUGGCUUUGUGGCCACGGAUACUGUCAUCCUGCCAGCUGGUCCCCUAGAGGACUUUGCCCACUCCAUGGAGCCGCAUCUGCGAUCGCUGGGUCUUCCCACCAAACUGGAGAAGGGUAUUGUCACACUGUACAGCGACUACACGGUCUGCGAGGAGGGCAAAGUACUGACGCCCGAACAGGCGAGAAUCCUCAAGCUGGUGGGCAAGCCCAUGGCCAAAUUUCGCCUGACCAUGAAGUGCUCGUGGACCAAAAGCGAUGGAUUCCAGUUGCACGUCGAGGAUGAUGUAAACGAUGAAGAGCAAGCAGAUAGCGCCAUGGAGGAAGAGGCUGAGGCUAUGGAUGACAAGGAAGACGAAGACGACGAUGAUGAUGAGGAGGAUGAUGAAUAAAUUAGUUUUAGGCGUAGAAUUAAUUUUUUUUAUGUAUAUAUCAAGUACAGAAAAUAUAUAUACGUAGAUUUUUAAAGUA